AUGCUCAGCCUAGUCCUUCGCCAUGAGAUUGAGAAGUCUGAGGACCCAAGCAAGACCAAAGCUGGAUACGCCGCUCUGAGCUAUUGCUGGGGAACAGCAAAACAUGCUGCCAAACAAGCAAAAACAUUUACAACCACAUUGGCGCAAAGACGAGGUGACAUACCCGAGUCUGACCUGACUGCACUGAUCCAUGAUUCGAUCACCGUCUGCCAGAGCCUGGGUAUCACAUACCUCUGGGUGGAUGCCCUGUGCAUUUUACAGGACUCAUUCGAAGACUGGUCGGUGGAGUCCAUGGCGAUGUCAGAGAUCUACGCAGGCUCUGCCAUCACGAUUUGUCCACUGGAUGCUCAGCACUGCGAGCAGAGCUUUCUUUCUCGGCGGCUGGACUGUCAAGUCGAAGUUCCUUUUACUUCAAAGCUCAGGCCUAGAAUCACAGGGACAUAUACACUACGAUAUGCCGGAAUGGAAUUGAGCAACCCUGCCGACGACGAGAUACCAUCGCCUCCAGACUCUUUGGACAGAGUAUUGAAGAACUCGCCAUGGAUGAAACGCGGUUGGACGUGUCAGGAAAUGCAGCUCUCCAGGCAGAUGCUUUGUUUCGGAAAGACCAGAACCUGGCUCCUGGGCACUCUCAACGCCACCACCGAAAAGGGUGAUUCUGAAGUCCCCAACCCAACUAUCUUGCCAACUAUUUCCGAAGAGUUGUUCUCAAAUAGUCUUUCUGAUCGUCUGAAGGCUGCACAGCUGUGGAUGUUUCUUGUGCAAGACUAUACCAGUCGGCAGCUCACAUACCGCAAGGACACGUUCCCAGCCCUGUCCGGUAUUGCCAAGAUAUUUGCCAAGAGCCUCAAGGACGAGUAUGCCGCUGGGCUCUGGAAAAAGAAUAUCUUGCGUCAGUUGAUAUGGACCAUCACACAGGAGGAGCUCCUAUCACAAUCCACGUUGCCUUUCCAAAGUUUAGCGGGCUUGCUGGGGCAUCUCUCUGACCCGAGAAACUGUUAUGGUCCAUCUUGGAGCUGGGCAAGCCGAUCUCUCGCUGUUGAGUAUAACUCAGACACCGAUGCUGCAUCAACCUUUCGAGACGAAAUCGAGGAAAUUAGCGUCCACACAAAGGUCGAAGGCCCCAAUCCAUUCGGUACUGUAUCAGGGGGCACUGUUAGGAUCCGGACGAGGGCAAGAAGCUUGGAUUUCUCCAAAGCUAGGCCGUACGAUGAGGCUAAAUUCAGGUUGAAUGGUAUAUGCCAUUGGGUCGUGCCAUUCGAAAAAGAGGAAGUCCAUUGUCAUUUGGAUUGGAUCACCGAAGAGUUACCAAAGGAUCUGAGCAGCGCUCGCGUCGUCCUAUUGCUCAGCGCAACGGACUAG